AUGGCGGAAGCAAUAGGCGUCGCCGCAAGCAUUGCUACAUUUGUCGAGAUCUCGAUCAAAGUCGCCUCGCUGUGCAUGGAUUAUGCAAAAAAAGUUAGAAACGCAGAGGAUGACAUCGGACGCUUGCGAACCAAGACGGAGGGCAUCGCGACGCUAGCUAAGGAUAUCCAAGAGCAAAUUAAAAGUGACAAAACUGGGCAGCUUUCGACAUCACAGAAGCUACAACAGGUGGUUGAUCAGUGCUGUUCCCAGAUAGGCUCGGUUCAGAAGAGAUUGGACCCUAGUACGAGGCGGAAGUUUAUGAGUAGCAUUGGACUUCGUUUGAAAUGGCCCUUCGAGAGCAAAGAUGUCGACAAGAUAAUCUUGGACCUUGAGAAAUGCAAGACAGACGUUUCUUUAGCACUUCAAUUGGAUACAACGUAA